AUGAGGGGUGCGAUGCUCAAGAGGACCGUUGUAGUCUUUCUUGCGGCUUUGAUUCUUGUCGCAUUGAGGCGACAGGCACUUCUCUUGGAUAGGAGCCUUCCACAAUGGACAGGCGACAACGUUGACACUGAAGGUCACCAUCUUUCGCAGUCUUCUGUUUCAUCACUGUUUAGGCAGAAAACAAGUGCAGAACCGGCAAGAAGAAAGUGGGCUUACGCUUUCGUAGUAGGGGGAUGCAGCAAGCACAAGCCAGAGUAUCGAGGAUUCAUAUGGAAUAUAGCCGUCGCAGCUCAAGUGUUACAAGAAGCUGGAUCCCAAGCAGAUGUUGUCGCUUUGAUCCAAAUGUCGGCCAGAACCAACGAGACUGCCCUUCCGGAGGACGAAUCGAAACUUCUCGAGGCUCUGAACGUAAAGAUUGAAUAUAUUCCAAAGUUCUCUUCGAUGGUUCAUGAAGUAUUUUACACUUUGAUGCUGGAAAAGUUUCGAAUCCUUCAAAUGACACAAUACAGUCGAGUCAUAUUCAUGGACGGUGAUGUCAUGCCGUUAUGUUCCUUGGAUUACCUCUUUGAGUUGUCGGAGCCAGAGUCUGGAGAGCCACUUUUAAAGGACAAUAUUGUGAUAUCUUAUUCCAACCAACCCGCGCAUGGUGGCUUCUUCAUGCUACGCCCUCAAGAAAGCGACUAUGAGGAAAUCCAAAAGAUCAUAAAGACGACAGAAGAAAAAGCCUUAUCUCUGCCUCCGUUUGAGCAUUGGGACGAAGUUGAAGGCUGGGGUCAUAAGAUUGAGCCCCCAGAUCGAUGGAUGUCCUCAAUGUCAAAGUAUACCUCCACAAAUUGGUCUUGGCAUGGCGUGCACGCGGAUCAGGGUUUGCUCUAUCACUGGACAAAAUAUGUCAAACAGAGCGUCACACUUAUCAUCAACUACCAGGUGCAAAACUGGGGUAGCGAAAACGGCAAAGCAGUAAUGGAAAAAGCGUUUAUAAACUACCGUCCAAGCGAUCCUAUCAAUAUUGCAUCCUGUCAUACAAGUAAAAAUGCGCCAUAUACUGACUUUCGACACUUCACAGGUCGGGGGAAGCCAUGGCAACAAAACUCCACACAAUAUAGAACUUCAAAUGGCGAACCAUCGCCGAGUCGAGAGGAGGUGACCAAGACAUUCGACCAGUUAGUAUCUUCUUUGAACGGAGAAAUGAGGAGCAACGGGAAGGAAUUUGACGGCAAGAAGCUUCUCUCCACUUUUUUGCAAAUGGUGCCUCCCCAAGGCAAGGAAGCUAAGACUUCAGUUCAUGAAGAAAAAGGCAUCACCUUAUCCUACAGCGACCAAUCAUAUGUAAAAUGGUUCAAUGCUUUGGACAAGGCCCAACAAAUAUCUGGUGUCAACGUUACCUUUCCAAGAUACUUCGGGAGAAACUUCGCAAGGGGACCUCCAGUCGGCACGCGGAAACAACACCGUAACGAUCAUAGAAAGAUGAGGACGAUUGUGAGAGUGCGGUGGGCACUUGAACGAUUUCAGCAAGAAGGCAAACAUGAGAAAAUAGAUACUUCAAGGAUGCAGACCAGGUAUAAAUACCUCCAGUGCAGUACCACUAUACCGGCAGCUAUGAACUAUUCACUAUGA